AUGGCAUCCCGAAAUGAUAUAAUAGAUAGUGUUAAUCUUAAUGAUCCGAUUGUGAAAAUGCCGAAUAAGAAAGUGAAUUUGGAUAACAUUCUGGUGGAAGAAAUCGGUCAGUUCGGGAGGUACCAGGUCAGAACUUUAAUACUAACACUGGUUGUGAUCAUAUUUGGAGCGUGGGGCGCCACGGAGUACAUUUUCACAACUGCGAGGAUUAAAACUAGAUGCCUAAUCCCAGAGUGCGAGGGUUCGGAAGCUGCAGAAUUCUCUCCAACCUGGAUUCUGAACGCUAUCCCGGCUAGUGGCAGUUCAUUUGACAACUGCCUGCGCUUCGACUCCAGCAAUGGGACUCCGAGCAGGGAUGAGUGUCCCGCAGAAUGGUUUAACCGAAAAGAGCAUGUUGGCUGCACGGAAUAUGUGUACGAGAAUACGAAUACCGUUGCUUAUGAUUACGGCUUGGCAUGUGAAGAAUGGCGUCGAGCUUUUAUCGGAACGGCGCGAACCUUUGGCACUUUCUUAGCACUGCCCCUCGUGGGCUUCACGUCUGACCGCUGGGGCCGGCGCUUCGCCCUCAGCUUGAACGCCCUCAACACCGCGUGGGUGGGCACCGUGCGCUACUGGGCGGACACUUACUAUGGUUUUGUCAUUUCUGAAGUCGUCGAGUCGGCGAUUGGAGCUGGUGCUUACUCCUGUGCCUACAUUUUAGUUAUGGAACUAGUCGGGCCAAAAUACCGCGUGGCUGCAGGGGCGACCAUCAGUACCUUCUUCUCAUUUGGCCAAGUGCUUAUGGCUCUAAUAGCAUGGGCAGUUCCCAACUGGAGGAAUUUAACGCUCGCUCUUUAUUUGCCACAAUUCAUAACUAUAUGCUAUUUCUGGAUUAUGUCCGAAUCUGUGCGAUGGUAUCUGAGUAAAGGACAAUUCAAAAACGCUGAAGACUUUCUCAAAAAUGUUGCCCGAACAAAUAAACGACAACUGUCGGAUCAAUCUCUACAGGCAUUGAAACACAGCGCAGAAGCUGAGAAAAUUCGGGCUGAUGCAGAGAAAGUAACUAAAGCCAAGGAACCUUGGCUGAUCAUUUUAGUCUUUCGGAACAAAGCUAUCCUCAGACGCUGUUGCAUAUCACCGGUGUGGUGGUUCACGAGCGCUCUGGUAUACUACGGAAUGUCGAUAAACGCAGUCAAUAUAUCUGGUAAUCGAUAUGUUAAUUACAUGGCGGUGGCUGCAGCAGACAUACCGGGAUAUUGGAUAGCUGUAGUGUUAAUGACCAGAAUCGGGAGAAAGCCUGUGCUCAUUGGUGCUUACUGGAUUUGCGCUGCGUGCCAAUUGGGCUAUAUUUUCUUACCAAUCAACAAGUACGGCCUCUCCAUGAUGAUGUACCUCAUCGGCAAGCUCGCCAUCGCCGUCGUCAUGAUGUCCUUGUACAUUUACACCUCGGAGAUCUAUCCGACCAGAUACAGACACAGUUUGUUUGCCUUUUCCUCUAUGAUUGGGCGAAUAGGUGCGAUGACUGCCCCUUUGACUCCGGCAUUUGGAGCGGCCCUUUUUGAUAAUUUUCCUUCGAUGCUCUUCUGUGGGUUUGCCUUGCUGUCUGGUGCCCUAGUAUUCCUGGCGCCAGAGACGCUGGGCACCAAGCUUCCGGACACAUUGGAGGAGGCUGCUGACAUCGGGGCCAACAAAUCUGACCCUCGAAUUGUCGAGUAA